GGAGGAAACCCAUGUUAUUGUUAUGUUAACCGACGCGGGCGGAGCGAGAGGCAGGAAAAUUUUCGCACUGGAAAAGUUUGAUUUAUUAGUUAUUGAGGAAUAAAUAAAGUGCAGUGCUCCACAGUGCAACGCUGAACUGUAAAAUUGUACAUACCUAAAUACAUAAGUAAAUGUUCUCAUAAGAGACAGCGUGAAUCGGGAAAACGCCUACUCUUAGUCGCCUAGCCUCCAUUCCACCCCAAAAUAAUCCGACGAGCAGCAGGUGCAGGAGGAGCAACAUCAGCACAAACAUCAGCCAAUCAUCAGGAAUCACCAUCAGAGCCAUCACAAUGGGCUGCACUACCUCCGCCGAAGAGCGCGCUGCCAUACAACGGUCCAAACAGAUCGAGAAGAACCUCAAGGAGGAUGGCAUCCAGGCGGCCAAGGACAUCAAGCUGCUGCUGCUGGGCGCCGGCGAGUCGGGAAAGAGCACAAUAGUCAAACAGAUGAAAAUCAUUCACGAGAGCGGCUUCACUGCGGAGGACUUUAAACAAUAUCGACCGGUUGUCUACAGCAACACAAUACAAUCAUUAGUUGCCAUACUGCGAGCGAUGCCAACCCUAAGUAUUCAGUAUAGCAAUAAUGAGCGGGAGAGCGAUGCUAAAAUGGUGUUCGACGUAUGCCAGCGGAUGCACGACACCGAACCCUUCUCAGAGGAGCUGCUGGCAGCCAUGAAGCGUCUCUGGCAGGAUACAGGCGUCCAGGAAUGCUUCUCGCGCAGCAACGAAUACCAAUUGAAUGAUUCCGCUAAAUAUUUCCUGGACGAUUUGGAUCGGUUAGGCGCCAAGGACUACCAGCCAACUGAACAGGAUAUCUUGCGCACUCGCGUCAAGACCACUGGCAUCGUUGAGGUUCACUUCUCCUUCAAAAAUCUCAACUUUAAAUUGUUUGACGUGGGCGGCCAGCGUUCUGAGCGCAAGAAGUGGAUACAUUGCUUCGAGGAUGUUACGGCGAUCAUCUUCUGCGUGGCCAUGUCCGAGUACGAUCAGGUGUUGCAUGAGGACGAAACUACGAACCGCAUGCAAGAGUCGCUGAAGCUGUUCGAUUCGAUCUGCAACAACAAAUGGUUUACGGACACCUCGAUCAUAUUGUUCCUGAACAAGAAGGAUUUGUUCGAGGAGAAGAUACGCAAGAGUCCACUGACAAUUUGCUUCCCCGAGUACACAGGUGGACAGGAGUAUGGUGAGGCGGCUGCAUACAUCCAGGCUCAAUUCGAAGCGAAAAACAAAUCAACCUCAAAAGAAAUCUACUGCCACAUGACGUGUGCCACAGAUACCAACAACAUUCAGUUUGUGUUCGAUGCCGUCACCGAUGUCAUCAUAGCAAACAACCUGCGCGGCUGUGGACUGUACUAAGCCAGCCGCUGGCUGCCAGGACAUGUGGAUGUGGAUGUGGAUGCGGAGGAUGUGGAGCAGAUUGGGGGGCGUUAGCAGGGAACACCGUAACGGUAUUAAAGAGCAGCGCGGGAGCACAACAACCCACCAGCAUUGAUCAAAAAAACAAAAGCAAAUUUAGGAGCCAACGAUGAUAGAACCAACAAAACAACAACAAGCAAAGCCCAAAGAACUUUUAUUUGUUUAACAAAAAGCGAACAGACGACGAUGAUCCCCGGAGUACGAUGGGAGAACAUGCAACAAGUACAUUAUAAUAUUGAACCAGAUAAGAUAAGCUGAUAACAUGCAAUGCAAGUAAAGAUGCAGAUCGCAGAUCCUCAUUCGAUCGAGGUCGGAUGCCACAGACAAGCAUUUGAGAAGCAGUUGAUUGAAAGCAUUUCCUAUAUACAUACAAAUACAUACACACUUACAUAAAUACAUACAUACGAACAUGCAUGCAUACAUGUACGACAUGACACGCACACACACACAAGCAAAACGCAUAAGAGUCGCAUAGUUGUUGUUUGGUCUGAAUAAUUUUUAUAGAAUUUCAUAAUUUACGUGUAGCUUAGUUUUCUCAUGUAUUUAUUAAACGAAAACCAAACGAGCGUACAUACAUACGGAGCGUUUAUAUGUAAACACACGUAGCCACAUACAUAAA